CGCUACUCCUAACCAAGAGGUGAGAAUCUGAGAACUGAAUGUCAGAAUCGCCAGAGCGAAGUGAAUAAUCACCAUAAAUUUCACCAGAAUAAGUCCACUAGAGUUUAAGAAGGAAUUUCUCCUGGAUAGAGUGCAGAGUAAUCAAUUAGUGAAUGCUGUAAAUGUUGCUGGGAGUGUACUUGGCAGAUGAUUGUGGUGUGCAAAGGUGAAAAUUGAGCCGAAGACAUCUGCAAGAGCGUGAACAUUUGGUGGACAAAAUGACACACAUGGAGGAAUUUCUCAGUAAUAUCUCAGAGACAGAAUCCAGAUAUUUUGCUGAUAUCUUUUUGUGCUGUGAUGUGGAGAAGACAGGAAAGGUGCCAAUACUGAAGGCUACAGAAUUAUUCCGAUCAGCUAAUUUGUCCAAUGAUAUCAUUAGGCAGAUACUCCAACUGGCCACAAUACCCCAAUCUGCCCUGUAUGUCACUCGAAAACAGUUCUACUCAUGCCUAAAACUCAUAGCUGCCCAUCAGGCAUCCGUUCCCCUUCGUCCGGAUGUCAUUCCCACAUCAGUAGCCCUACCCCUGCCUCGAUUCAGCUGGCGUGAUUCACCCACUCUGCCCUCAGCAGAAGCUACAAAUGGCACAGAAGAGAAAUUCCCCAAUGCUAGCGAUCCCCAGUGGAUUGAGGUACACAGUCCAAAUCUCAUCCAGUUGUCCAACAAUUCAGAACCCCUCGUGGAGACUACCAAUUCAGAUCUCCACAGUACAGACAGUGAAAUAGAGCACAAUGACAUUCAGCGUGGGGAACACAAAAGGCACAAUCGGGAUGGAUCUCCGGAAGCCUGGAGUACAGCCAGUGACAGUCCGACGCCAACAAAUAGCGUAGCAGAGCGUCCCUGGGCCAAAGGGAAUCUCUGGCAUGGAUUGCUCUGUGAGGAGCAGCGUCAGCUUCUGGCAACGGAAGAAGAAUCUUCAGAUAGGCAUAGCAGUGAUGAUGAUGUGGAUUUGGAGUCUGUGUUCCAGAUAACAGCUGAACAGAGGGAAUACUACACCAAACAAUUUCGCACAGUACAGCCGGAUCCCAAUGGGCUGUUGUCUGGCCCUGUGGCGCGGAUGUUCUUUGAGAAAUCCCGGAUUCCCGUUGAGGAACUCCGACACAUCUGGCAACUGUGCGAUGUCACCCGGGAUGGAGCACUGAGCCUGGAGGAAUUCACAGCAGCAAUGCACUUGGUGGUACUGAGACGAAAUAACAUUCCUCUGCCUCAGAAUCUUCCACCGUGUCUCCUGCCGGGCGGAUCUGUUGCUCCCGGAGAUGUCACUGCGCAAGCCAUUAAUCAGCCAAGUGCCCCGAAAAAUCCUCCAGAAGCAGAUCUUCUGCAUCUCAAUGAUGACGAUGAUGAAGAAGACGGAGAGGAUGAUGAAGAAUAUGACGGAGAUGGAACAGUUGGAAAUUCCCUGGUAACCGUAGUUGGUGGUUCAUCUCCCAUUCUGACCACCUCAAGUACAGGGGGUCGAUCAAUAUCAAAUUCCCCCGUGCCAGCGGCCCAGGUGACACCACCACUGCCCCCAAAGCCCGUUAAAGUGACCGAGAAGGAUUGGAACUCAGCUCCGGCUCCUCCUCAGCCCACAAAUCGCGAAUGGAAUGUCAAUAAUCGCGAAUGGACAAAAUUCAAUGAAUCUCCCACAUCCAAUGUCUCAAGUCCAGGCCUCAAACCUGUCAACUUUGACAUGCAGCGAACGGCUCAGGCUGUGGUAUCUGAUCCCCAGAUUCUCCAUCCGGUGGCUCUGAGGGUUACUCCUGUGGGAGGAUCAGAUGUCGUUGAUGAAGGUGAGACAAUGCGUCGGAGCCUUGUGUAUGACAAUCGCGACAGUCACGAUAGGGAAUCUAGUCCGAAGCAGUCAGAGAAACCCAGGGAUUCUCUCCAGAGUGACUUGAGACCAAUUCAGAGGCCACAGCCUAAGAAACUGCCCGCUAAGACAGCCGGAGCUAUUCCACCGCCUCCACAGCGAGAGGCAAGUUUGUCUUUUGAACAGAGUGAGCAGCCGGCGAAUGGAACCAGUACAAAGAAGGAUCCACCACCGCUGCCACCACCAAGGCCUCAUCGUCAUGCGAGGAGUAGUAGUUUGGACUUGAAUAAACUGAAAUUGGGAGGUCCUCUGCCUCCUGAAGUACCCCCUAGAGUCUCUCCCCAAAUGACCACGCAGAAUAGCUGCGACGCUCAAGUGGAAGGCACAAAUACAUCCUUUGCUGACUUCACACAAUUCCCUCAGUCGUGCACUGAUUGCAAUUCGACAGAAAAAACCUUGACUACGAACAGCAGUGGAAAUCUACCACCUCCACCGCGUCCAACUAUUCAGUCUCUUACAUCAUCCCAGAGAGUGAGUGCUUUUGAGGUCUACAGGAAGCCUACAUCCCGGAAUUCCCAGUCUCCACCCCCAAUUCCCCCGCCAAUUCACAAUACAGUCAAUGUGGCAGAGAUGGAAAAGCGCCUGGCCCAGCUGACGGACAGCCUGAAGCAGCUGGGUUUUCAGCCGGAGAAUUUCCGGGAGAGCAGUGUGAAUGAGGUAGUGGUGCAUCUGCGUGACCAGAAUACAGCCCUCAAGCGUCUCUGUGCCGACUUGAGUGCUGAACUCCGAGACGUUCAGCGACAUCGGGAGGAAUUGAGAGCUAGGCUCCGAAAAGACAAAAGUGGAACGUCUUCGGGAAGUGGAGCCAGUUCGACUGUCCCCUCGAAUUCUUCGCAUCACACAAAUGUCUAGAAGACUUUAGCUUGGAUGGGGAGGCAAUUCGAGAAAGAGAUAAAUCUAUUUAUUUUCUAGGCAGCUACACAAACUUUCUCCAUUUUCAGUGAUCCUAAUUCUUUUACCGGGAAUGGAUUCAGCAGAAUUUUUUUUUUUAGCUUAACAUAUUCCAAGGAUAAACCCAUUCAAUAAUCUCUCAUCUCAUUAAAUCGCACGCAGGCUGAAGAAAUUUACCUGACAACAACAUUUUCAAGAAGUAACCACAACAAAAAUGCUGAAUGAGUAGAUUUUAGAAAAUAAAAAGGAAAUGAAAACUGAGAUAGAUUCUCUUUCGCAAAAAGAAAAUUAAAAAAAAAACACAAGUGUAAAUGUACAAUGACUAAAGUGAAGUGUUAAAAUUUAAAAAUAUAUUUUCUAAAUUUUGUGUAUGCCAUACAAAGACUUGUAAUGUCUCAAGAAAUGCUUAGAAAUAAUUUUUGUUUUCCAUUUAACCCUGCAAAAAAAACAACUUUUUACUACUGACAGAUUAUAGAGAGAAAAGAAUCAACAAAAAAAAAAACAUCUUAUUAUUUCGUCCUUUCUUCUCAUUAACAAAAUAAUUAUUAGAAAUGUGAUGAUAGGGCUUGCCCACUUCACUAUCCAUUAUAGAGAACGAAGAAAAAAAGAAAAUGUUACUUUGUAAUUCAUUUGAAAAUGAAGAAAAAAAUCUCAUUGAAAUAUAUUUAUCGAAUAUUACACAAGAAAUUGA